GCUCCGAGUGACACCCAGGCAGAGGCAGGGGCCUCUGGGCGGGGCCGCGCGUCGUGAGCGCGCCUCGGCGGGGCCGAGCUCCCGGCACCGUGGUGCUUCCGGCAGCGGGAGGCGGCGCCGAGCGGGACCGAGUGGCGCGGGCGGCGGCCGGGGAGGCGGAUCUGGGACGAUGUCUGGGGAAGUGCCACCCAAUAUUAACAUCAAGGAGCCUCGAUGGGACCAGAGCACUUUCAUGGGCCGAGCCAGUCACUUCUUCACUGUCACUGACCCCCGGAACAUCCUUUUAACAGACGAACAACUAGAGAAUGCCAGGAAAGUGGUGCAUGACUACAGACAAGGAAUAGUUCCCGCUGGCCUCACGGAAAAUGAGCUGUGGAGAGCCAAGUACGCGUAUGACUCGGCUUUCCACCCGGACACGGGAGAAAAGAUGACCCUGAUAGGGAGGAUGUCGGCUCAGGUCCCGAUGAACAUGACCAUCACGGGCUGCAUGAUGACCUUCUACAGGACCACACCAGCUGUGCUUUUCUGGCAGUGGAUAAACCAGUCCUUCAACGCUGUUGUCAACUAUACCAACAGAAGCGGCGAUGCUCCCCUCACUGUAAAUGAGCUGGGAACGGCCUAUGUUUCUGCAACAACCGGCGCUGUUGCGACAGCACUAGGCCUCAAUGCCUUAACCAAGCACGUCUCACCACUGAUAGGACGGUUCGUUCCCUUUGCUGCUGUAGCUGCUGCUAACUGCAUUAAUAUCCCGCUAAUGAGACAAAGGGAACUUAAAGUUGGCAUUCCUGUCACUGAUGAGAAUGGCACUCGCUUGGGAGAAUCGACCAAUGCUGCAAAGCAAGCCAUCACACAGGUGGUCAUCUCCAGGAUCCUCAUGGCAGCCCCUGGCAUGGCCAUCCCUCCAUUUAUCAUGAACACCUUGGAAAAGAAAGCCUUUCUGAAGAUUUUUCUGUGAUGACCAGACUCCCCUACCAGCAUGGAACCGAACUGAACAUUCUCCGCUUUUUAAACAGUUCUUGGGGAACAUUCAGCAUGACUCAUCCUCCCCCACAGCUUAUCUUUUUCCAAGUGAAGGGCUGGGAAAACACACCAGCUAUGGGCAGGUGACUCAUGAAAAUCCCUCCAGCGAACCAAAAGUUCACUGCUUAAAUUACAGGGCAGCCUUGAGCAGUUGUCCUGAAGGACAGGCCUCAAUCUCUUCAAGCAGCCUGGCACUUCCAUUGGGAAUCACGCUGAUGGGGUUAGACCCUGAAGUCAUUCUAUCCCUUAGAACUUUUAAUUCUGAAUCUUUUUUUUCUCUAAUAACAGGGUGCAGAAUGUGCGUGGUAGCUGUUUGGGGGUGUUUGCUAAUGGACAUGAGUGUGGCAUUCUUUACUUAUUCAGACAGUAUUUAAUGUUGAGCUCUUUGCUGGAUCCUGUGGUAAGCAGUGUUCAAUACUGGAGUCACAGAAGCAUGGCAUGAGCCUUGCUCUCAGUGGAAGGAGACGCAGGGCCAGUGGUGGCAGCACGGGGUGAUUUUAGUUUGGGGCAACAGAUUGCAGAGGAGCAGUGGCUGGCGCAGAUCACAGAGGGCCGCCGGCAGCCAGGGUUCGGCAGAAGCCUGUGAGAACAGAACGUGGCUUGGUGGGGAUUUGAGGGUGGCUGGGUUAUACAGAGGGAAUUGAUUCUACCUGUAUGCAAAUUAACCAUCCAUGGUUCAUGGAGUCUAAAUUGAAAACUCAACUAUAAAAAGAAAAUAUCAUUGAACACAGAGUUUGGGCAGAGAUUUCUUGAAUACAAGACCAAUGAAAAAUUAGACUACUCCAAAGCAGUUUUAAAUUUUGUCUUUCAAAAACCAGAGAGAAUGAAAGAAAAAAAACCCACUAGGGGAAGGAAGUAGCAAAGCGAGCCAUCUUGGUAAGAAAGCCAAUCAGGAAUUUGUAAGGAACUUACAACACUCAUUCAAGGAAAUGGCUCAUCCUCACAGUGCAAACAUGGGCGAAGUGUUAAGCAGAAGCCUCACUGAACACAUGCAGAGAACACAUAAGAAAGGCUUGAGCUAUUUCAGCCAUUGGAGAAAUUCAAAUUAAAACCACAUGUUACUGUGAACCACCUAUUACAAUGGCUGCCGUUAAAGGUUACAGUGACCAGUGUGAUGGGUCUGUGCGGGAACUGGAACUCUCAACCUGCUGGUGGCAGUGUAAAAUGGUGUAGCCGUUUUGAAAAAUACUUGAGCCAUUUGUACAAACAUAUGCUACAACUCAAUCCAGCCAUUUCACUUCUAAGUGUUUUUCUGAAAGAAAUGAAAGCAAAUAUCCAUAAAGAAGAAAGUUUGCCACAGCUUUGUUUGUGUUAGCCUCAAACUGGAAACAGCUCCAAAGUCAACAAGAAAGUGUGUUGCCCUAUUCAUGAAACACUUACCUUGUCGGUAAUGAAUUAUUGAUGCAUGCAGCAGCAUGAGUAAUUCCCAAAGUAACCACACAAAACACAGACACUGUAUAAAACCCUAGAUACAGUCCUGGUGCUACACGACUCUGAUGCCGCUGUUUGGGCGUAGAGAUAGGAAGGUCAGGAGUUCAAGGUCAUUCUUGGCUCCCUAGGGAGUUUGCCUAAGCCAGCCUUGUCUACAUGAGACUAUACAAAAAGAGUAAACUCAAGCCUUAGGAAGCAUAAACUAAUACAUAGUGAGAUCAGAGCUACAACUUUUCCAGGGGACAGGCCAGGAAAGGAAAGGAAUCCCAAAAGGCACAGGAAAUGUGGGAAGCAGUUAUGGUGACAGAUGGGCUCGUUUUCAUGUGUGCAUCUUAACUGCAUGUAGGUCACAAAUCACGCUGUACACAUUGGAGAUGUAUAGUUGGCCUGUGCCAGUAAGUUUAACAUAAGAGGAGCCAUCGGGAAAAGGAAUUGAGAUUCGUGUAGCAUCUAGAUACAGAGCAUCUAGAUACUAUGUAUCCCAACCCAUAUCAGCUUGAAGAUACAUAUCUUCUAAAUAAGAUAUAAAGUAUGUUACAUGUAAUAAAUAAGAACGUUCAAUUCAUCUAAAGUUUUUGUGUGUGAUCUACAGUCUGUUAAGCAAGGCAUGUCCCUACCCUGAGGGGUCUGUAUAUGUAGUAAAAGAUUGGACAUCCUCAGUGUUCCUGGCCUGGAACUGCCUUUGAGGAACAGGCAGGAUGGGGUGAUGGAGACAGUCAGGAACCAGGCUAGUAGUCAUGGGCUUGGUUUGCAAGCAAGUCGGAAUCCUGCAGGACCCUUGUCCUUAUGAAGAGCCCUCCAGCAAAGCCAGCCUGGCGUCUGUGUGUCCGUCCUGAGGUGACACACAUGUGCACUCUUUCUGGAUAAGUCUGGCGCUGUUUACUUAGGCAAACAAGAGGCCACUGGAGACGGAGACGAGGUCUGGUCUUAUGGGUUCCAGUUACCCAUCCUUCUAAGCUCACUCAGCAGUGAGCCUGCUGGCCCGUCCCCAUGGCUGGGUGCUGUCCUGGGUGUCUCACGUCCAGGAGGGUCUUGAGUGAGAAUUUAUCAUCUCCCUGUGAAAACCCCUCAUGAAACAGCCAGUAGAGCGGGGGAGGGAGAGCCACAUGUUUAAAACCAGGUAGCCCUGUGACCUGAAUUUAGAAUGGGUGCUAGUGAGUCCUAGACAGCCUGGCCCAAGGAUGCGUUCUCAGGAUAUGUCCUGUCUGUAAGUGGCUCGUGACAGUGGUUUCCUUCAAUCCCUCUUUCCGCCCUCCAUGUUGGCCUCCUGACGAUGCCU